UCACUUGAAAAAUAUUUCAUAAAUUUAAACAGAUAGAUCAACUAUGAAAUCUCUUGACUCAUCUCUGCUAUCAGAAAUCCCUGAAUCCCAGCUAAUUCUCCUCGUAGUAGCCAUUGUUGGGUUCAUUGGCCUGCUAAUAGUCAUAGUCAUCCACCACUUCUAUUCCAAGAAGAAAGAUAUGGACCUAAAAUUAAAACUUCUCAGGAGAUAUUAUAAGAAACGAGAAAAGAGAAGGCAACGAACAAGCCAAUUACUCGCUCUAGCCCAGUUCACCUCCCCUAAGCGGUACUGUGACUCCUUACUUGGCACUCCUCAGAAAGGCUGCUAUAGAGAAUGCGAUAGCCUGUGAUCUUCGACAACAAGGUCCAGGAAAGCCAGUAGACUCUGGGAACUUGAAAAUAGUACUGACCACAGACCCCCUAUACUGAAGAAGUACCAAAGUGAUACUCCUAGCAACAAGGAAGACAGCUGAAUAAGGUUUAGAAAGUACAGAAUUAGAGAUACUGAAUCUGAAGUUUCACCUCAGAAAUUACAGUUCUCAGAUGAUUCCUAUGGCAGCAUUUUGCAUAAAAGGCCCAGGAGAACAAGUUCCAGAGACUCAAUAUCUCAUCGCUAUGCAUACAGAAAGGAAUCUCCCAGAAAGGAUAAAGAUAGUCUCUUAAACAUAUUCUCAUUUGGAGCAUCCAAAGAUGAAAGCGAUCACUAUCAAGAUAAAGACUACCCUCGUCGUCCCAGAGUACUCGACCUCAGAUGUAUUGACAAUAAGGAAAAUGUCAGGCCGUCCAAUAGGUGGAGGCCCAACUACGAUCCAAGCAGGACACAGUACACUCGUCAAUACGAAGUGAAGAACUCAUUUGGAGAUUAUGACCUUUUUGGCCAAAACUCGUUUAAUUAAUUCAAUAGAUCUCAAGUACUCUGGGGUUUUGGGGUUUUGGGGUUUUGG